AUGAAAUUUCCAAUUGAGACUCCAAGAAAACAGGUGAACUGGGAUCCUCAAGCGGCUGUUCCCCCAGCAGCGCCAGCUCCUGAGCCUGAGCCCAAAACCAUCAGGCGUUACCCAUCUCCACCAUUUGCCGUUUCCACCCGAGCCACUAUUGUUGCUGCCAUGGAACGCGCUUCUCAAGGCCGGCACAAAGUCAUGGACUGGAGAGCAGUGGUGGCCAUCUUUGUCGUGGUGGUAGUUUACCUGGUGGCGGGAGGACUCAUCUUCCGUGCCCUGGAGCAGCCCUUUGAAAACAGGCAGAAGAAAGCCAUCGCGUCAGAGAAGGCUGAAUUUCUUCGGGAGCACCUUUGUGUUACCGAGCUAGAGCUGGAGACACUCAUUCGGCGUGCUGUUGAUGCUGAUAACGCAGGAGUCAGUCCCGUUGGAAAUUUCUAUAACAGCAGCAGUCAUUGGGACCUUGGAGGUGCCUUUUUCUUUGCUGGAACAGUCAUCACUACUAUAGGGUAUGGGAAGAUUGCCCCAAGAACUGUUGGUGGCAAGGUUUUCUGCAUCUUGUAUGCCCUAUUUGGGAUUCCACUGUUUGGCUUCUUGCUGGCUGGGAUUGGAGACCAACUUGGAACCAUCUUUGGGAAGAGUAUUUCAAAGGUGGAAAAGGUUUUCAGAAAUAAACAAGUGAGUCAAACAAAGAUCCGGGUGAUCUCCACCAUCGCAUUCAUCCUGGCAGGCUGCAUUGUCUUUGUGACCAUUCCUGCAUUUAUCUUCAAACACAUCGAGGGAUGGACAGCCUUGGAGUCCAUUUACUUUGUAGUUGUCACUCUGACCACUAUUGGCUUCGGUGACUUUGUAGCAGGAGGAGAUGCUGAGCUGAAUUACAUGGAGUGGUAUAAACCCUUAGUGUGGUUCUGGAUCCUUAUUGGCCUUGCCUACUUUGCUGCCGUUCUGAGUAUGAUUGGAGACUGGUUAAGAGUCCUGUCCAAGAAGACACAAGAAGAGGUUGGAGAAAUAAAAGCCCACGCAGCAGAGUGGAAAGCAAACGUGACGGCUGAGUUCAGAGAGACGCGGCGGCGGCUCAGCGUGGAGAUCCAUGACAAGCUUCAGCGGGCAGCCACCCUCCGGAGCAUGGAGCGCAGGCGCCUGGGCAUGGAGCAGCGGGCCCACUCCUUGGACAUGCUCUCUCCAGAGAAGCGCUCUGUCUUUUCUGCCUUGGAGACAGGACGCUUCAAGGCCUCCUCUCAGGAAAGCAUCAACAACAGGCCUAACAACCUGCGCCUGAAAGGGUCAGAUAAGCUCAACAAGCACGGGCAGGGGGCAUCUGAGGACAACAUCAUCAACAAAUUUGGAUCGUCUGCUAAGAUGACCAAAAGGAAAAACAAAGACCUCAAAAAGACCAUGCCUGAGGAUAUGCAUAAAAUUUAUGAGACCUUCAGAAACUAUUCUGAUAGAAUACUGGAUGAAGAAAAAAAGGAAGAGGAGACAGAGAAGAUGUGUAAUUCCAAGAAUACUUCUAGCACUGCAAUUCUGACCAACUGUAUCGAGCAGCACUCAGACCUGGAAAAUGGAGAGAUUCCCAAUGAAGCCAAAGAAAGGAAGGAAAAAAACAAAGACCUAUAUUGA